UCCUCCAGGGCGCACGGAGGACGCGCGUAAAAGCAACCGAGCUGCUCCAUUUCAACAGUGAACCACAGCGUUGAACUCCUCCGGAGUUGUAAAGUUUGGACUCUCCUUCCUUUUCUAUGUGCGACUCUUUGUUUUGAACCAGGUGCAUCGGAGGGUUUUAUCCUCUGUAGAGAACCGGAGGUGUGUUUCCUAUGAUGCUCGGAUAUCUCAGGAGUAUUUGCUCCACGCUUUGGAUACAUAAUGUGAGGAUUUGUGUCGGAAUCAAUAAGGACGCUGCGUAAAGGAAAAGCCGAUCUCCCCAGUGUGACCAGUGAAGCUUGUUUCAGUCCCCCCAGAGAGCGGAAUGGGGCCGUCAUCUACACUGCUGCUCGUUGCUUUUCUGGGCUGGGCCGAAGGUGGUUCCUCUCUUCACUACUCAGACGGACGGUCCAGCCGUCUCUCUCUCGAGAAGACCUUUGGCCGGUCGCUUAAAGACUCCCAGUGCCAACACAUGCUGAAGCACCUUCACAAUGGAGCCCGAAUCACUGUGCAGAUGCCUCCCAAUGUCGAGGGUCACUGGGUGUCCACCAGCUGUGAGGUGAGACCUGGCCCAGAGUUCCUGACGCGCUCCUACAGUUUCUACCCCAACAACACCUUCCAGGCUCACCAGUUCUACUACGAGGACAACCACUGCACCAAACCCACCUACACUCUGGUCAUCCGGGGUCGUCUGCGCCUACGCCAGGCCUCCUGGAUCAUCCGCGGCGGCACAGAGGCGGAGUACCACCUCCACCGCGUCCAGAUGGUUUGUCACACAGCCACCGUGGCCAAGGAGCUCAGCCAGAGGCUCAACCGCAGCUGCAGAGGGGCCGUGAAGGGCCCCUGGGAGCCCAGUGUGCUCUACGAGCUGUGGAGCGAGGAGGGUGGCUACAACUGCUCCAGGGAGCUUAAUUUUGCCAUGCACGAGCUGCAGCUGCUGAGGGUGGAGAAGCAGUACCUGCAUCAUAACCUGGAUCACCUGGUGGAGGAGCUGUUUCUAGGAGACAUCCACACCGACCCGUCCCAACGGCUGUACUACAAACCAUCCAGCUACCAGACCGCCCUGCAAAAUGCCAAGAACCAUGACCAUAGCUGUAUCGCCUGUCGCAUCAUCUACCGCUCAGAUGAGUUCCACCCUCCCAUCCUGCCACCGCGGGCUGACCUGACUGUCGGGCUGUACGGUCAGUGGGUGAGCCAGCGCUGUGAAGUUCGCCCCGAGGUCCUCUUCCUCACUCGCCACUUCAUCUUCCACGACAACAACCACACCUGGGAGGGCCACUACUACCACUACUCUGACCCUGUCUGUAAACACCCCACCUUCACCAUCUACGCCCGCGGGCGCUACAGCCGGGGGCUUCACUCCACCCGUGUGAUGGGUGGGACAGACUUUGUCUUCAAAGUAAACCACAUGAGAGUAACUCCCAUGGACUUUGCCACCACCUCCCUCCUCAAUGUCUUCAAUGGUAACGAGUGUGGAGUGCAGGGGUCCUGGCAGGUCGGGGUGGAGCAGGACGUCACUUUAACCAACGGCUGCGUGGCACUGGGCAUUCGGCUCCCCCACACAGAAUACGAGCUUUUCCGCAUGGAGCAGGACGCCCACGGCCGUUACCUGCUCUACAACGGCCAGCGUCCCAGCGACGGCUCCAGCCCAGACCGGCCGGAGAAGCGGGCCACCUCCUACCAGAUGCCCCUGGUGCAGUGUUCGGCAAGCAGCCAGCCCUCUGAGUACAGCAGAGCGGACGACAUUGACAGGCCUCUGCUGCACCACAAUGACUGCACAGGAUGGCACAGAGGUAGCCAGCAACACAUCAUGGUGGCUCUUGUUGCAUUCAUCAUGUCUCUGCUUCUCUGCUGGAAAAGCUAGAGAGCAGUUUGGGCUUUUUCUACAUAAAGACACAACAAGAAAAGAGUGUGGAUUACAAGAGCAGACAGCAAAUAUAAACUUCUCUGAUGUGAAAGAGGAUGAAACUGGUGCGCCUGAUCCUCUGAACUCCUUCCCAGCUACCAAAGACUCAACACUGCUGCACCACAGAAACUUUAGCACUUUAGAGUGGAACCAAAGACCAACCUGUCUGUGUUUCCACAAGUAUACAAAGAUGUCUAUAUAUCCGCACAGACAUGAGAGUAUGUUUUAUACAGUGUAUUUACCUACAACUUUCAAGUCAUUUCUUGGUACUGCCAAAAGACACGAUUCGAUGUGUGGAAACUUUUUCUAUGAUGAACUCUUGACAAUAAGCUCCCUGCCUCGAGGAGAUGUGCUUAUGGACAGUCACUGUUUACAGCAAAAGGGAACUACGCGACUUAUCUUACAGAAGUUUCUUUAAAUGUUGCCUUACAGUACAACAAACUCAGCAGCAGUUAUCUGUCAUCUAGUCCAUAUUAAGGUCAUGAUGCUAUCUUGGAUAGAAUAAAGUCCAUAACCUUCCAUGCAUUUCAUUCCCUCACUGAUCAGAGAGCUACAUCUACGCUGGCCAAUACGAUCAAUGGCUAUUUUGAAAUUAUGUCAUACUCAGAUUGGGAUGGGCACUUAAAAAUUGGCAUAUAAAUUGCCACUCUCAACAUCUGGAGACUUCAGCUACACUAUUAAGUUUGAAUUGGGACUGAGCUAAAUUUAAUAAAAUUACACUUAUAACAAUAUUUUUUGAUAAAUAUCAAGAAUUUUAAUGUAUGAAAAAUCACAAUCAUGUUUUAUUGUUGUGCUUUACAUGAACAAAAUGUUUCAUGGGAGAAAAAUCUCUUAAUUUUUUAUUACAAUUUGAUUGGAAUCACUAAAUAAACACAAAUUCACAAACUAGACUACAAUAUGAUAAAAUCACAAAAUGAUUCCAAUUCAUUUUUAUACAUUUUUACACCUACAUUUGGGCCCUGUUUGGGGGCAAGUUGUAGCUUAACUCCACGAUUAAAAUUUAGAUACUGCCAUUCAUUUUGAUGGUGAACUAUCUCGGCAGUCAGUGCAAGAAUUUACUGUUUAAAUACUGUGGACCUAUAAUUUCGUGCUGACAGGAAAUGAACCAAGGACUACAUCUGGGGACAUAUGAAACUGCAACUUCAAAUUUAGUGCCAGUUUCAGAAAGGGUAUCAUAAUAUGUUUUUGUCCAUCAGUUUUUGGUUUUACAAGGAUUACUGCAUUAACAUCUGACCUUUUGUAUUAAUAUUAUUUUUUUUUUACUAGACAUAAACAGACCCUUGUUUUAGGUACAUGUGGGUCUUAUCCCUCCAAAUAGUCACAGGAUUGUGCUUUAAAGUUUGUUGUAACAACAAAUAUAGAAGACUGAGGUUUAGGUUUAACUGGACAUUUGUGUAUUUGUAACAAAGAAUUGAUUCUGGUUAUGAAGCACUGUGUAGUAGGCCAUGUCUUACCUGUCCAGUUUGUGCAGCUACUUGAACAAGUCUUCCAGUGUGGAAUCGACAUGACAACAUAAAUUAGUGCUCUUUGCUCCUCAAGUUCCUGUCUAAUCUUGACAAUGGAAUAAAUUCAAAAUACCUUUCCAUAGGAUAAAGGUCAUCAGAACCCUUCAGUUCUCCAGUCGGAUCUCGAUCACAACUUUAAUGAAGCUCACUGCAGUGUUGUCAUUAUCAGUGUAAAGAUGUCGUCACCCUCUGGAUGGUGGACCAGUACCUGUUUGGGAACUUUCCAGCAUGCUUCUACUGAACCAAAACUUUCAGACUGUGUUCAACAGAGACCCCCAUCCCAGCAUACUCUUUUCCUGCAGUGGAAAAACUCUUAUAUUGCACAAUUGUCAUUGAUUGUGCAGAAUCUCGUUCAGUGUGCGCAGGCCUGAACCUGUAUUGGACUCCAAGAAAUGUCUUUUUGUAACUGGUUACAUGUAUAAGAUUAAAGGUUUGAUACACUUCA